CUGUCUGCAGGGUCUGUCCGAGGCAGUGGCGGCCGAGCGGCUCCUCCGGGACGGCCGGAACGAGCUGCGGCCGCCGCGGGGGACGCCGGGCUGGGCGCGCUUUGGCCGGCAGCUGGCCGGGGGCCUGCAGUGCCUGAUGUGGGUGGCAGCGGUCAUCUGCCUGACCGCCUACGGCGUGCAGCGGGGAGAGGGUGACCGGGGCAGCUCGGACAACCUGUACCUGGCCGUGGCUCUCAUCGCCGUCGUGGUCGUCACCGGAUGCUUCGGUUACUACCAGGAGUUCAAGAGCACCAACAUCAUCGCCAGCUUCCGCAACCUGGUCCCGCAGCAAGCCACGGUGAUCCGGGCGGGGCAGACGCUGCAGGUGAACGCGGCCGAGCUGGUCCUGGGGGACCUGGUGGAGAUCAAAGGUGGAGAUCGAGUCCCGGCCGACAUCCGGAUCCUGGCGGCGCAGGGCUGCAAGGUGGACAAUUCCUCGCUGACCGGGGAGUCGGAGCCGCAGACGCGCUCACCUGAGUGCAGCCACGAGUCUCACCUGGAGAGCCGCAACAUCGCCUUCUUCUCCACCAUGUGCCUGGAGGGUGAGCACACCUGG